AUGGCUUACCACGUCAACGUCCGUACAUCAAUCACGCAGCCAGCAUCAGUUCAUCGUACAUUAAACCCUCAUGUGGCUCAGUCAGACGCUGGCGACGCUGGAAGUAUCAUUUCAUCGCGAAUGACAGAUAUCAUGCCAGACGAUGAACGAGGAGUCUCAUCCGAAUUCGGGAGAGUUUCGAGAAAAGGAAAAUCUACUCGACGAAGCCUACAGCGUGCAAAUUCGAGGCCAGGAACUGGAAUCUCUCAGCGUAGUAUUAGAUUUCAAGUACCAGCCUCCCGAAGAGCUCUUUCAACAUCCCAUGCAUCACGGCAAGGAAGUUUAUCCAGUAGCAGACCUCCUAGCUCCGCAAGCAGGACGCAUGUGCCAUCUCUUGCUUCUCACGCCUUUUUUCGACCUAUGUCUUCGCAGAGACUACAAGCACAGCGAGGUGGGCCGCGACCAGCGACAAAUUCAAAUAACCAAGGGACAGGGAGUCGAAAUGGUCCGUUAUCCGGGAAUUCUGCCGCGGCAAGAAGGGAUAGCAUCAUGUCAGAGUGCGCAUUGUCAGGGAAUCCCGAAACUCUUGAAGAGAUAUCAUUACAGCGGACACUAUCCAGAGGAACAGAGAUGACUGAUCCGGAAUUAACGAGUACACACAAUGUUAAUGUGCAUCAAAUCAGGAGAUUACCAGAAAAUGAGAAACCGUCGCUAAUCCACCAUGGCGAUCUACCAAGACUCGACUGUGUUGCCAAUACAAAACCGAAGAAUAUCGCAUCUGUGAAUUCCCCAGUUAUUAAUUCGCAUAACUUUCGUACCCCCUUCAACCUGUCCUCUCGGGUACCAGGCGCUGGUAAUCAUAAUUCCGAUCGAAGCACCCAUGGCCGUGAGAAACUAUCCUCCAACGCUUCAUCUCCUGGAAAAGUUUGUCAAAAUACAUUCCGAAAAUCCCAGGAUCUUGGUAGGAAUUGGGAAUAUUUCCCAGGAAACACGGUUUUCUGGGCAAGAGGUCGUCUGCAAAAUACUCGACAUAGACCUAUCAAUAUUGCGACUGGCAGUUUUGUCGUAGUACCUAGCACUCUUUUCUUUUUCUUCUCAGCGCCUUGGUUGUGGCACAAUAUCUCGCCUGCAAUACCAAUUGCAUUUGGAUACAUGACAUACCUCUGCUUAUCUUCUUUUCUUCAUGCCUCAUUUUCAAACCCGGGCAUACUUCCCAGAAAUCUCCACCUAAUGCCGCCAUCGGAUGAAAAUGAAGAUCCCCUACGCCUAGCCCCACCCAUGAACGAUUGGACCAUGGUUAAAUCGACCCAAUCAGAUACUGCUGCCAUGGAAGUGCCCAUAAAGUAUUGUAAGACUUGCAACAUUUGGCGUCCCCCACGGGGCCAUCAUUGUCGGAUUUGUGAUAGCUGUAUUGAAACUCAGGACCAUCAUUGUGUAUGGCUUAAUAAUUGCGUCGGUCGACGAAACUACCGCUACUUUUUCACAUUUGUCACCACCUGUUUCAUGCUCGGUCUCUUCCUUUCUGGGGCUAGCCUCGCUCAAAUCAUCGUCCACAUGAAUAUGGAAGAGGUAACGUUUGCAAAAGCUAUAAAACAAUUCAAAAUUCCCUUCGUCAUGAUUAUUUAUGGGCUAAUAGCCUUCCCAUACCCAGCAGCAUUAACAGGCUAUCAUCUCUUUCUCAUGGGCCGAGGCGAAACUACUAGAGAAUACCUCAACUCGCAUAAAUUUCUGAAAAAAGAUCGACAUCGGCCCUUUAACCAAGGAAAUUUCAUCAAGAACUGGUUAGUUGUAUUAUGCCGACCGCGACCACCAACAUAUCUCAGUUUCAAGGAGAAAUAUGAACUCGGUGAUCAGCGCUUCGGGCAGACUAGAGAUAAGAAGAGGGCACUUUCACUAUCGAAAGACCAAAAUAGCGUUGGCGCUUCUAUGGAGAUGCAUAAUGUUUCUACGUUUACACCUACCACUACAUCUAUUCAAGGCAACCAUGCGAUACGGCAGUGA